UCCAGACAAAUUCCUCCCUUGAUGAGCAGAAAGCUGGUAGCUCUAGUGUUAAACUCUAAGUAGGGCCACCGGGGCCAAGGAGAAAGACAGGACCACGGUGUGAGUGUAAGUGGAGCUGGAAUCUUGCCCCUGCUGCAGAGGGAGGCACUGGCAGCCAUGAAGAGACUUCUGCUCGCUUCAAAAGCUGUUGCUUUGCUGGGUUUCACCAGAAGAGGGUAGAGUUUGGGAAGGACUCCUCGCAGCCUGGGCUCCCUAUUGUGUUGGGAAACUGCAAAGGGAAAACAAGCACAAGUUUCUCCUCUGCACGCUUGCACCGACUGACUAUGUGCAAGAGUCAGCAGAUAAACUCUGGAAGAUCUUAAAGUAAAACGAAAACGGACAGAGAAACAAAAUUCAAAAGCAGCUUUCUAGGGAAAUCCGUGGAAUCGAAGAGAGAAACGGCAACAGUUUUCUGUGGGCUCACCCUGCUGAUUGUCUCUCUGAGAACUGUCACUCACUGCACGUUGCAUUAAUCAGAGCGCAGGAUUUAUUUCUCUGCCGUGACUUCCACCCUGUGAAUAAAUAUCACUUUUAGAGAGAGAAUGGGACCUGAAAAGACUCUCGAGCACUGAGCAGAGGGGUGAGUUUUAUUAAAUGGUUUCUUCUCUUUCAAAUCUGCUGGAGCUUUCUAACAUCCUGCUUGCAGGCACAGCAGCCCGAUGACUUGUCUUUUCCCUGCGGCUUGUUGCAUAUCUCACGAGGCUUUCCUGACCGCAGGUUUAUCUCUGUAACCUUUCCCACCACCACUCCGGGUCAGUUUGGUAACAUUUGUAGUAGAGCUGACUCGGUGCCGAUUUGCUUUCAUGAGAAAUUAAAACCACAAAGCUUUGAAACCAAACAACAGGCUGAAAAUUAAGUAAAAUCCAAUAUAAUUAAAAUGGCAGGUGACUCUAGGUUUCCAGAUGUAGACAAUGAUGGAUCAGAAAAAAAUGAAGAAACAGAGAUUGUAGUCAAUGUCGGUGGGGUAAGGCAGGUGUUCUACGGAGAUAACCUGAAUCAAUACCCAGAAACACGGCUGGCAGAGCUGAUCAACUGUUUAUCGGGGGGAUACGAUAGCAUAUUCUCCCUCUGUGAUGACUAUGAUCCCGGAAAGAGAGAGUUUUACUUUGACAGAGAUCCAGAUGCUUUCAAAUGCAUUAUUGACGUGUACUACUUUGGGGAAAUUCACAUGAAGAAAGGAAUAUGCCCCAUAUGUUUCAAGAAUGAAAUGGAAUUUUGGAAAGUGGAUCUGAAAUUUUUGGAUGACUGCUGCAAAACUCAUCUAAGUGAAAAAAAGGAGGAACUGGAAGAAAUAGCUCGAAGGGUGCAACUGAUUCUGGAUGACUUGGGAGUAGAUGCCUCACAAAGUCGCUGGAAAAGGUGCCAAAAAUGCAUCUGGAAAUUUCUGGAGAAGCCAGAAUCGUCCUACCCAGCUCGAGUGAUCGCUGUUCUGUCCUUUCUGUUUAUUUUGAUAUCCUCCAUCGUGAUGUGUGUGGGAACCAUCCCCGACCUGCAGGUCGUAGAUGAAGAGGGGAACCGUAUGGAGCACCCGACCCUGGACAGCAUAGAGACAGCCUGUAUAGGCUGGUUUACCAUGGAGUACGUGCUGAGGCUCAUCUCCUCUCCCAACAAACUCCACUUUGCCCUGUCUUUCAUGAACAUUGUCGAUGUGCUAGCAAUACUUCCUUUCUAUGUCAGCCUGACCUUGACACACUUGGGAGCCAAGCUCAUGGAGCUGAGUAACGUCCAGCAGGCUGUCCAGGCCCUGCGCAUCAUGAGGAUUGCGAGGAUCUUCAAGCUCGCACGGCACUCCUCGGGGCUCCAGACUCUAACCUAUGCCCUGAAACGCAGCUUUAAGGAGCUCGGGCUGCUCCUCAUGUACUUGGCCGUUGGAAUCUUUGUCUUUUCUGCCCUGGGUUAUACCAUGGAGCAAAGUCACCCUGAAACUUUAUUUAAAAGCAUCCCUCAGUCAUUUUGGUGGGCAAUCAUUACCAUGACCACAGUUGGAUAUGGAGACAUAUACCCUAAAACAACACUAGGAAAACUGAACGCUGCCAUCAGUUUUCUUUGCGGGGUGAUCGCAAUCGCCCUUCCCAUCCAUCCCAUCAUUAACAACUUUGUCAGGUAUUAUAACAAACAGAGAGUUUUAGAAACAGCUGCCAAGCACGAAUUGGAACUGAUGGAGCUAAACUCAACGGAGGGGAAAGCUGCAAGCUCCAAAAGUGAACUAGAGGAUCUUGCGAGGGAAGGCAAGGAGGGUCCUUUGCAUAGCAGCCGGCUAAAAGUCUCCCACAGUGACACCUUUAUUCAUCUCCUGUCAGAAGAGAAACACUAUAGGACCAGGCUUCAAAGCUGCAAAUAAACCGUGAGCUGUUGUCAGCGCUGAGCUAUAGGUCGGGACAACCUGACAAUCAACUAUUGAAAAGACUCGUGGGAUCUGUCAGAGUUGGGAGGGAGCACUGCUUUGCUUUUCCAACAUGAAUAUAAAUUAACCCCAUGGUUUCUCCAUCAACAGUUGGUAAGACUUUGCUGUUAUUACCCAAAAUAAAAUAGUAGGACUCCAUUGAGAUCAGACUGCUUAUAAUGAGUGCAUUCCAACAAAAACCAUUCGUAAUCAUUUUAGAGACUGAAAAGUCCUUCCUGAUCAGUAAAUGUUCAAUGACCUGAAUGUGCAGCAUUGCCACAUCAGAACUCUGUACCUGUGACAAUAAAGAGCAGCAUCGCACAGAUUGUGUCUCUCAGGCUGUCUUCAAUGCCUUUGCAGUUAGGAGAACUGCUCCUAAAAAAAUUAAAGCAGCCUCUCAUUCAUAUUAAAUUCAGGUUUACAGCAAAAUGUUAUGAGCAGUUUCAGCCUAGAGAUACUGUGAGUAUGAGUAUAUACCAUGUGCAGAAUAUUAGAGGCAAUGGCUGGUUUAAUUUUUGUAUAAUGCAAUUUGGGGUCAAAAUACACUGUUUGGAUAGGUAUGUGUUACUCUGCAGAAAAAGAAAUAUAAUUUUCAAUGGGACAUGUAUCUAUGUUUUGUGCAGAGAUGGAGAAGAGAGUCAAUGUAUUUUAAGGAGCAAGUUAAAAAAAAUAUUUGUUCAAGUUUUUAAUUACAACAAUCAUUUAUAUAUACAGAAAUCUUUCAGGAAGGAUUUAUAAUUAAUUUUUAAAACUGUAAGUUAACUCAUAGUAUUUUUAAUUCACUAUUAAAGUAAGAGAAGUUUACAGGGGAGUUAAAUUGAGUACUUCUAAAAAAGACACUUUAACUCUUUGAAAGUAAGUGUAGAGAAAGUUUCAAUAAAAGUAGCAUAAUAUCCAA